UUCGUCUCCAUUUCUUUUCAAAUCCUUCUCCUAAUUCUCAUAGGAUUCCAAGAUAAUAGAAUGGGAAAACGACAAGAUUGGUCCGUGACUGCUUGUGUUUUCCUGUUCUUGUCUUUGGCAUCACAAAUCCAUUGUAGGAGCCAAAUACCUUUUCCAAGCCAUAAGCGCGGGGUUGGUUCGUCAGGCGGCACGAGCCACUUCAAUGUGAUUCGUCGCGAAAGUGUGCCUUCGCCAAAGGAGAAAGAUCUAAUCAAGCAGCUCCCCGGACAACCUUCCGACGUUACUUUCAAACAGUAUGGCGGUUAUGUGGCCGUUAACGAACCAGCCGGUAGGUUUUUGUACUAUUAUUUCGUGGAAGCCAUCAAACCCAGUAAAUCUACUCCUCUUGUGAUCUGGUUCAACGGAGGACCGGCAUGCUCAUCUCUAGGUGGGGCCUUUAAAGAGCUUGGUCCAUUCCGCGUACAUAGCGACGGCAAAACGCUGUUCCGCAAUCCUUAUUCAUGGAACAACGAGGCGAACGUGUUGUUCUUAGAAACGCCGGUAGGGACAGGAUUCUCGUACUCGAAUAGUCCAAUAUAUGGGAAACAAGGGGACAAGCCAACAGCAGAGGAUAACUACAUGUUCUUGGUGAAUUGGCUUGAAAGGUUUCCGGAAUAUAAAGGAAGAGAAAUUUACAUUACCGGUCAGAGUUACGCCGGCCACUAUGUUCCCCAACUUGCCCAGAUUAUCAUUCACCGUAACAAGCAAACUUUCAUCAACCUACGAGGCAUUUUGAUUGGUAAUCCAUCACUUAACAGGGAGAUCCAGGAAGAAUUCGGCAACAAAUUUAUGUUUAGUCAUGGUUUGAUAUCCCAACAACAAAUGGACAAUUAUAACAAAUUCUGUACCUACGACUUCUAUGAUUGGGACAAGUGCAAAUUGGCGUCCCAAAAGAUAGAAGAUCAAAAAACACGCUUGGACAUUUACAACAUAUACGCUCCAGUGUGCCUAAACUCCACAUUGAGCAGCGAACCCAAGAACUGCACCACAAUAAUGGAGGUUGAUCCGUGCAGUGGCAACUAUUUGAAGGCUUAUCUUAACACGAAAGAGGUUCAAGAAGCAAUACAUGCCAACACCACGAAAUUACCGUAUGAGUGGACCUCUUGCAAUAAGAAACUGGGUUGGGAAUGGAACAAAAAUGAUAAAUAUGUCUCAUUGACACCUAUCCUUCAAGAGCUGAUGGGUGAGGGUGUCCGAGUCAUGCUGUACAAUGGAGACGUGGACCUGGUGAUUCCAUUUACAUCUGUAGUGGCCGUGCUGAAGUCGAUGAAUCUGACGGUUGUAAAGGAAUGGCGUCCGUGGUUUACCGGAGGACAGCUGGGAGGGUUCACAGAGGAUUACAAAGGGAACUUAACCUUUGUAACUGUGAAAGGAUCAGGUCAUAGUGUUCCUACGGAUCAACCUAUACAUGCCCUUAAUAUUUUUACCAGCUUUAUCCGUAACACUCCUCUCCCCCAAACACCCUGAUUUGUAACAGCUCUUAAUAAGACACUUUGGUCCAGUGAUUGAAUGAUCUAAAGAUAAUUAUGAUGUGUUUAACAAUGUUGUUUACGUUGUACGGCUAAUCAGCGAUUAAGUUCUAAAUGGAAAUGCGUAUAAUAUAAUAUGCGUCUGUGA